AUGCAAUAAUCAGAUUAAGUUGAAGUUGAAUAUAGAAUUGAAAUGCUGACUAGCGAAUUGGAGAGAUGCUCUUAAACCUUACAAUAGAAGAGCAUCGAAUGCGAAGAAUGGAGACUCAAGAGUUUAGGAUUAGAAUAGAAGAUUAAAGAACAUUAAGCUCAUAUUGGAUCCUAAAAGCAACAAUUCGAAGACCUAGCAGAAAAUUUGAAAUCAAAAGCAAUUGAAGUUGAAGAUUUAAGAAGUAAGUACAAUAGAGUCUAAUUUAUCACAAUAAAAGGAUAUGAGGAAAGAAUGGAAUAAUUGGUAGGAGAAAUAGAAAAACUGAAUUAGCUAUUAAUGCAAAAAGCAUAGGAUUGUGAAAGUAGUAGAUAGUAAGUGAUGACUAAGAUACAAGAAUUAUAGGAGGAAAGAUAGAAAUGCUUUCAUUUAGAUAGUUUUAUUAAACAGAUAAAAUCUGAAAAAUUAGAAGCACUUCAUUUCUUAAAUGAAAAGAAUAAAGAAUUGGAAGAAUUAAAGGAACGAUUUAGAGAGGCAGAUCAAUAUAGAUAAAAGAGUGAGAUUUUAGAAAAUGACAUUGAAACAAUUAGAGUAAAUUAUAUGAACAUAUUUAAUUAAAAAUUGGAAGAAAUUGAAGCACUAUAGGCUCAAAUAGAUACAUAACGAUUAAUCAAUGAAAAUACAAUUAGGAUAUCGGAGGAAAAAUAUGCAUAACAAAUUUAAAUAGAAAGGGUGAAUUUACAAAGGUAAAUCAAAGAGACUGUGGCUACAUCAAUUGUGUAAAUGGAGAAUUAAGUGGCUACCCUUAACAAUUUAUUGGAGGCUAAAUAAAAUGAAAUAGAUAAAUUGAAAUUAUAAAGACAUAAUAUAGAAACAGAGAAAAUGAAUUCAAUGCUGAUUGAUAAGAAUAUCAAAUUACAAUAAUUAGAAAGAUAACUCUACGAGAGGACAAAUACGUUGGAUUAAUUAACUUAAUAGAUACAAAAUGGUUAAUUAAUUCCAGCAACUUCUUAGAGUUUAUUAGAAAGAUCAUAUAAAUAAUUAUAAGAUGAUGUGCAUAAAUAAAACAUAGAAAUGACUAUGUUGCAUUAAAGAUGUUUGGAAUUAUAAGAGGAUGUAUAAAAAAAGGCUAAUAUGAAAGCUAAUUAUGAGGGCUAGAUUAACACUUUAUUGAUUGAAAUAGCAAAUUUAAAGAGGGAUGUUUAUAAUAAAUCACGAAUCAAUUCUUAGCAUAGUGAGAAUUAGAGAUUGAUUUAAAUUGAGAAUGAGAAGAGAGCAAUUAAAUAAAAAUAUGAACAAGAUUUGAAAAUAGCUGAAGACAAAAUUAGAUAUUUGCUAAGUAUAGUUGAUCCGAGAGUCUUAGAGUAAUAACUAUAAUACAGAGGAAAUUCAAAUCCCAAUCCUUUAAAGUAGAAUUGCUUAGAGUAACAUUUACUACCAUGA